AUGACAAUUAUUUAUUCUGUAUUAUAUUUGUUGAUAGUUUUAUCUUCAUGUUUGAAUGUCAUUGUUUUAUCAGAUGGUAACAACCAACCUAAUCUCUAUAAUUUCGAUCUGAGUGAUAUUGUUGAAAUUGCAGGAUUAUCAUAUCACAGAUUAAACUAUUUCCCAGAUGUAACUCCCACUCAAUACACCUAUUUCCCUCACCUCGAAGGUUAUAUGGCAUUCAGUAACAAAAUAUUCACAUUGAACAAAUCGAUUUCUUGGGAUGUGUAUAGCUCUCAACCAGACAUAUAUCCUCCAAUGACAUCGAAUUGUGGUAUUAUUACAUCGAAUUGUGGAUUCAACUUGUUAGUCAUUGAAAAUGGUGGAAUAUUAAAAUACUUUAACACAGCGAGCUCGAAUAUGGCCAUCGUUGUAAAAGCCGGAGGUGUGAUAGAGCUCGAUCCUCAGAAAAAUGUAAAUUUUGUAACUUCAAUGCUUGUUCUCUAUCCUGGUUCAACAUUUAUAUCACAUCCAUCGUCAACCGUGACUCAUACUAUUUCACCAAGUUUUCCAACAUUCAGUGGACCUACCCUAUGGCGAGAAAGAGAUCCAUUCCAAGUUUCUUCAUUCCUCUGUCUUGGUUGCACAAUCGAUAUCCUAUCUUCGAGAUCGGCACAAGGUGUUCCAGCUUCAUUUGUUGGACUGGCCGAUGGUAUCAAGUCUUGUAUCACCACCACCUAUCCAAAUUUCGAUUGGACAAAUCCCAUUGCCAACAAUGGAAAAACUGGACUUGUACCCCCAGUAAUCGGUAAUGAUUCACUUCUUUUAUUGACAUCGAUCCCAGGAAAUUAUCUAUACACUCCGGCUUGUAAAGAACCUUAUAUUGAUGAUGCACCGGUUCUUCCAGCAUUCACUAUGUCACCGGGAAAUGAUCCAAAUAUAAUGGGGGCAAAUUUCAUUUACACUUUUGAAAACUCGAGUAAUGUAAAUAUAAAUGGUGUCGGUAUUCAGAGAUCAUCCAUCUUUAUCACAGGAAAUUCAAGUGUAACAAUCAGUGGUGCCACAUUCGAUAAGAUUGGAUCUACAGACACCUCACCAUUCGAUGACACAACUUGGGAUGGAGCAACCCUCUUAGUUGGUAAUAAUAUUCCUGAUCGUUAUCCAAUAACGUUAUUCCAAGUAACCAAUUAUGUUACCAUUACAAACAACGUUUUUCGUGAUGCUCCAGUAAAUUCCACUUUAUAUACAUCACCAAGAUUUAUUAUUGGAGUCAAGAGAUCUUUUGGAACAAUCAAUAAUAAUGCUUUCUUAUUGAGAACACCAGAGGCAACAGGUAUUGGAUUCCUCCAUGGUACUGAAGAGUUUGAAGUUUCAUUCAAUACAUUUUCAACUCCUAUUCUUGGUAAUAUAUCACAACCUGAUUAUGGAAUAUAUCCAGAUGUACGACCAGGAAAUACUGGAGUCUAUACAGUUUCUCCCUACAUUACAUUGAAAAACAAUUCAUUCCAAGGUGGAUUCCAAGAUGCUUCAGUUAUUAUCGAGCCAUUGACAAACAGAGUUCAACUGACUGGCAUGAAUACCGAACCAUUGAUUGGAAAAUAUGCAGGUCAAUUCCAAAAUAAUUCUCAACCAAUUUAUACACUUUGGAAUCAAUUCCUUUGGUCUGGAAUGGAGGAAAACAAAUUUUUUAGAACAUCAUUCCCAAGAAUCAAGAAUUAUCCAGCCAGCUCUCCAUCUCUCACUCUGAGAUUUUACAAUUCAAUUUUCUACAAGAUGAUUGGUGCCAACUUUAGAACUACCAAGGCCACUGUUUUCAAUUAUGAUUUGGUUUUCGAUCAAAGUUAUAUCACUGGUUUCUUUUCAAGACUUCAGGGUAUAAUAAAUAUUGGACCAAAUAAUGUUUUUGUUGGAAACUAUCGUGGAUUAUCAUUAAUCAAUUCCAAUGUUUCUAUGGCAUUCAAUCAAUUGGCAAACUCAUAUUUCAGAGACAUCAUUCACAACGAAAAUUCAUUAUUCACUUCCAACAUCUCACUACCAACACAAUAUCAAAAUUAUUCACCACAACUUGCUCUUAAGAAUUCACCACUUUCAUAUUGUGAUGACACUGGAUCAACCACAGUUUCAGUUUUCAAAGUAUUACCAGAUCCAUCAAUUCCACUCACCCAACCAAACUUUACCUACACAAUUAUUUACGAUGCAUACAAUACCUAUAAUAUAUCUGUGACUGUUGACGAUAUCCCAGUUAUCACCAAUGUAGUUUAUAAUAAUACAAGAGUAGCGAACGUUGCAAUUAAUAUCACCAAUUUCACACCUGGAUAUCAUAAAGUCAUGGUUACUAGUUUCCCACUUCUAAAGAGAUAUGGAGGUACCACACCAAAUGGAUAUAAUUACCGUUAUUCUUUGACUUACCAAGCCAACGUAGUUUCCAAUUACUUGGUCGUACCUAAGCUAAACUUUUAUCUGGGUAUCGAUAUUAACCCAGACAUUGACUCAAGAAAAGCUCAUCUACCGAUUUUCGAUCAACAAUGGACAAGAUGCCAAUGGGUUUCAGAUAUUUGUCAAAUUUCAGGUGGAACUUAUUCCAAAUUCGACAAUCCACUACCAUCUAUCACUGACGGUGUAACAACCGUCACCAACGGAACAACCAUUAAUAUGUUGUCGACAUUCUAUGGAAAUUCAAAUGGUCAAGGAUCAUCGAUCACAAUCAACCUCCAACCUGGAUACUAUCAACUGUUCCUCUACUAUGCCAAUCCAACAAACGUUCAGCCACAAUAUACACAAUCAACAUCACUUCCAAGAUUUUCAGUGACAAUCAACGAUCAAUUCGUCACACCGUUGACAAGAACAUUUGCCAACUACCAACAAUAUCAAAGAGCACCAGAGAUCAUCAUCAACAACGAUGGAAGUUCAUCGAAAUCAUACAAGAUUCAAUGGGGAUACAACGGAAUUUACACUCCACUCUCUGGAAUUGAAAUCUAUUCGUCAUUAUCCACUCCAUAUCCAAUUCCAAACGAUCCGGAAGAUCUUAACAUUGCCAACCGUAAUCAUCAACUAUCUUUAACUUUGUUUGCUUUAGUUUUAUUCUCAACUGUUUUUCUUUUCUUUGUAUAA